CAUUACGUGGAACUGCUGUCGUAGCCCCUAUCCGGCGAUGGCUUUCCAUUUUGAGCGAACAAAAGAAGCUUUUUUGCAUAAAAGAAAUAUGCAGUUGCCUCGGUGUCGAAUCACUUUUAAUAAUCCUACCUUUUCCAUUGAGAGCACAACCAUCAUCUUCACGUAAUGCGCGUACAAGGAAAUCUUUUUUUGGUUACUGGAGCUGCGAGUGGACUGGGAGAACAAGUGGCAAAAUCUAUUGUUGAGCAAGGUGGUUAUGUUGUGGCUGUCGAUAUCAACGCAGCUGGCUUAGAAGAUGUCGUUCGUUCGCUUGGAUUGAAUAGAGUAUACAGUCCAGGGUCGGUGGAUGUUACGUCAGAGAAUCAAGUUCAGGAAGCAAUCAAGAAGGGUUUAAACCACUUUAAAGAAUCACCGUUGGCAGGAGCCGUCAUAUGUAGCGGCAUUGUAUGGCCUCCACAAAGUAUCAAGGGCUAUGGUCAGGAUGAGCGCUUGACGAGCUAUUCACAGUUCAAGCAUAUUGUUACUGUUAACUUGCUGGGUGCUUAUAAUGUAGCUCAACAGGUGGCACAAACCAUCAUGGAUCACAAACCCAUGAACGAAGAUGGAGAACGAGGUGUAAUUAUCACGACCUCUUCUAUGUUGGGACUGGAUGGUACUUUGGUCGGUUACGGAACUUCAAAAGCUGGUGUCGCGGGUAUGACACUUCCUCUUGCGAAAGAACUCUCCGAGUUUGGUAUCAGAGUCAUGAGUAUUGCCCCAGGACCUUUUGAGACGCCUCUUGUACGAGCCGUGCCUGGUGUUGAAGCACCCGUGUCCCUGUUCCCCAAGCGGUAUGGUUACCCAAAUGAAUUCAGCGACCUUGUGCUCCAUAUCAUUGGCAAUCCCAUGUUGAAUGGCUCAGUUAUCCGUCUUGAUGGUGGCCUGAGAGGUUAAAAAAAGCACAAGUCUAGUGCUUUGCUAUUGUGUAUCACACUACUACUGUUAAAUAAAGUGUGGGGGCUAAAACAGAAUCACUAACCCUGAAGGAUGAAUAUAAGGCGCGUUCGCUCCGCUUGGA